AGACGUUCUUUACUUGUCGGACCCGAAGUCGUGCAUAUUCGGUAGCUUAUUACAUUAUUGGGUAUGUGACCAAAGAGCAGGAAUUCUGCGUGCAUUACGAUACCGAGCAUCUUGGCGCGCAUUCAUUUCCAUGCAUCGGACGUUGACGUGCGUGCCGAUCACAUUGCGCCGGCGCCCCUGUUAUGUCACAAGCCUUUAUCGGUCUCGUGCCGUUCGACCUUGUCACCAUCAAACGAUCUCGCCGUCGGUUCAAAGAUGGAGAUCAUGAUUCUACGCUCCAACAAGGAGAACAGGAUGGCGCCGCCGAUGGCAUGUCGUUGUUCAGCCUCGACGACUCGGCUCCUCUCGAGACGAUCACCUGGUUCCGUGGUUCCUUCAUCAUGCUGUCAACUUCCGUCGUCACUGGUUCAAACACGUUCCUCUAUCUCAUGACAUACGUCCUUCUGCCGAAUAUCGACGACGAUCUUGGGCUGUCAACGACUUGGGAUGAUGUAUUAACGUUCCCAAUACACGCUCUGAUCACCGCGUCCCUCUUGCUCCUGACAGGGCGCAUCACCACCGUAUUGGGCCCUCGGACCAUGUAUCUCAUUGGAUUGACGCUUCAGACCAUAUCCAUCAUCACAUGUGGGGCCACAGAAGAUCGGGCCCUCUUCCUCUUCUGUCGAACGUUCCUGAGCGCAAUUGCAAUAGCCAUGAUCGUCCCAGCGGCGACGACUGUCAUUACCAGGUCAAUGGGCGGCCAACAGAGAAAUGUCGCCUUUGCUAUGCUCGCCAUCGGGCAGACGAUUGGCAUGACCGCUGGCUAUCCAGCUGGAGCAUGGUUGGUUCAGGAAGCAGGCUACGACCAUUGGAGGGUUGCAUAUAUUCUCUUGGGCUUGCUGAACACCAUCACGUUGGUCAUUGCCAUUGUAGCAGUCCCGCGUAGUAUUGACGCGCCCGACGGUCUUCUGACUGGAAAAUGGCAGUCGUGGAAAGAAAAGUUACAUCGUUUGUCGCAAGAGAUUGACUGGAUUGGCUUUCUGCUACAGUUUGCAACAGCAGGCACGCUAGGAUCUUCCGUAAUCGGCAUUUCCAAGUUUUCGGAAAGGCUCCGGCUAAGGUUGUGCAUUAUGAGGAGACGCCAGAGACUCGGCAAACCAGCACUAAUACCGAACGACAUGUGGAAGCACCGGGAGUUUAGCGUGAUUUGCGCCGUGGUCUUUCUUGUGUGGACUGCAACGAACGGGCUCGAGGUGUUGUUGUUCAAGUACUGGCGAGACCUCGAAGGCUACGAAGCCCGCGAAUUCAGCCUCAUGUACGCACCUUCGCCGAUUGCGGGACUGCUCAUAAUUUUGGUUAUGGGCUUCGUUACACAUCGUGUGCCAGCAUUAGCCAUCACCACAACAGGACUCGUCCUCUCUCUUGCCGCGCCUCUAUCGAUCAUCUGCACGAAAGCACAGUCUGUAGGCUCCACCUACUUCGCCUCGACAUUUCUCACGUGCAUCUUCAAUAACGCCGGUGCUGGCGGCUUGUUUGUAGCGGCAGCACCUCUGAUGACAUCCACUUUCGACCACCCAAAUGCUGUCCUUGCAGACCACGUGAUAUACAUGAUCAGCGCCUUGAGCAGAGGUAUAGGUAUCAGCAUGGCAACAGCCGUAUACGAUUUCUGUUCGCGCAAAAUUGUUGAUGCUGGAGCUGUGCGUGCUGAAGCUCCUUUGACAGCAUACAAAAUGGCUUCCGGUGUUUGGCUGGUCAUGGAAGUAACAGCUUUAGGCCUAAGUCUAUGGGGCUUCUGGUCAGUCGGUCGGCACCGUUCAAAAGCGAUCUAG